CUGACCAUGUUUUUCCUGAACGAGGAGACUCUAGGGUAUCUGGGAGUUUAGAAGAGUUCUUGUAAGUGUGCACCGGCCUCGACUUGACUAGAGACCAAGGAGUAAAGAAGGUGAACUAAUCCAGGGAAAGGAGCUAGUAAACAAAGAAUGUCAGAAGACAGAGAACAGAAGAAGGAAGGCAUUCCUAAAGAAGCUAUGAGCAAGGAAGACACGUCUUCAUUAACAGAUGUUGUAGAGCAAGUUGCAAAACAACAACAAUCACAAACAUCCGAAAUAGAAAAACAUAAGAGAGUUCUGUUCCAUUUGCAGAUUGAACUUCAUGAUCUUGAAAAACAAAUAGCAGCUAUUGCUGCAGAAGCUAAAGAGACAGAGAAGCAAAUGCACCAACAAGAUGCUGCCAUGGAGAAUUCCAGACUUCAUUGUGGACUCUUGGAAGCUCAAAUUGAGUCCUUAUAUUCGGAAAGUGUAAAGCUGAAAUUUGAUACAGAAACAGCCCAAGAACAAUUUGAGGAACAAAUGAUAAAAUAUAAUGCAUAUUAUGCAAAAAUAAAAGCCUAUAAAGAUAGUUUAGUAGAGACAGAAAGCAAAUGCUCAUUUAUGACUGAACUCUAUGAAAAACGAGAGCUCAUCAAAAACUUAAAGACAAUGAAAGAAGAUCUUAGGGAAGAUCUCCAAAAUCCACAAGGAAGAUAUGCAACACAAAUACAGGAAGACAUUUCAAAGCUAACGAAUAAAAUUAUGACAGUAAAAGAUUCAAUCAUUGAGAAAACAUAUUUUAUUGAAGAAGAGAAAAAGACGCAUGAAAGACUAAGAAAAGAAAUAGAGGUACAGCAUAAGAGAUAUGAUGCAAUUCUUAAGCGUUUGCAUUGCCAGGUGAACAAGAUUCAGUUAAACAGGAGGAAAUGGCAAUGGAACAUCCAACAACUGGAAAAAACUGCAGCUGAGUUAAAAAAGCGCCUCGGAGUGAAAGAAGCCCAGGAAAUACAGAACAGACCAACAGCAUCGUGGGAAAGAAUACUGUGAAGACCCUUUGGGCUCCUGAGAGCCAGCACCCAGUGGCAGAGGCCUGUCUCAAUGACCGAUAUUUUCUUUUUCUUUUUCCUCCUCCUCUUCCUUCUCUUUGUUUCAGUCACGUAUCUAAUGGUUAAAGUGCCUCCUAUCUAUAGUGCGUGGUAGAAAAUAGCAGGGCUUACAGGAAGCUAGCCAAAGAGUGUGUGUGCAUUCAGAUGUUCCUUACACUCCUGAAUGCCUCCAUAUAAUAAUGUUGAAUUCACUACCCUACAAAGUGAAAAUUUAGAAGAAACAAUUGGGUUUCCAAGGACUUCAAUUGCUGAAGUAUCUAAAAAAUAGUUGUCUGUUUCAAACUUUUUAUUAGAUUUUUUUACAACUGUCUUUGCAAUAGCCCAUGAAUAUUAAUAUUCAUGAUAAUAUCAUUAUAUGUUUAAUGCAUCAACUAUUUUAUUGUUUCCUCUUUUCUCCAGGAGGUAGCAAUCAUUUUCCUUUGUUUUUAAAUAAUAUAUUUUAGAGUGUUACAAUACAUAAAAUUUGUGUUUACUCUUCAGUCUAUAAAUUCUUUAUUCCUAUAUUGUGACUAAAAUAAAAUUAUAGCAUCAUAUAAGGCAGACAUACAAUAAAACUCUUCAAAGAGAUAUUUUUCCACAUUGAAAGGCAAAUUUUUUGUCAAUGGCAAUAAAUUGAAUGUAAAAACA